AUGGCGCCAGUGAAAAAGCUUGUGGUGAAGGGGGACAAAAAAAAGAAGCAGGUCCUGAAGUUUACUCUUGACUGUACCCAUCCUGUAGAAGAUGGAAUCAUGGAUGCGGCCAAUUUUGAGCAGUUUCUUCAGGAAAGAAUCAAAGUGAAUGGAAAAGCUGGGAAUCUCGGAGGAGGUGUUGUAACAAUCGAAAGAAGCAAAAGCAAGAUCACUGUAACUUCCGAGGUGCCUUUUUCCAAAAGGUAUUUGAAAUAUCUCACCAAAAAAUAUUUGAAGAAUAAUCUCCGUGAUUGGUUACGCGUAGUUGCUAACAGCAAAGAAAGUUACGAAUUACGUUACUUCCAGAUUAAUCAAGAUGAAGAAGAGGAGGAAGAUGAGGAUUGAAACUCAGUUAUCUGGAGUAUUUUGUAUGAAUUCUUAAAUAAAAUUUAGGAAACAAAA